AUGUCGGGCCUUGAGAAGGCUCUUUUUAACCUCAAGUUCACCUCUAAACAACUAAACCGACAAGCCGCAAAAGCCGACCGAGAUGCCCGCACCGAACAGGCCAAACUGAAGAAAGCCCUCACCCAAACCCCUCCUCAACCACAAAUCGCCCGUCUCUACGCUACCAACUCGGUUCGCAAUUCCCAGCAGAGAAUUCAACUCCUCACGCUCGCAGCACGGAUCGAUGCCGUCGCCGCGCGUGUGCAGACAGCCAUCACCAUGCGGACAGUGACAGGAUCGAUGGCACAGACAGUAAAGGGCAUGGACGCGGCACUCAAGAGCAUGGAUUUGGAGAAAAUCGGAGCAGUGAUGGAGAAAUUCGAGUCACAAUUCGAGGAUCUCGACGUGGUUUCAGGCUACUAUGAGGGUGUGGCUGGAGGAGUAGAGAGCCAGCAAGUGGGCGUCGAAGGCCAAGGGGAGGUCGACGCUUUGAUGAAUCGGGUCGCGGAUGAGGCGGGUGUCGAGUUGUCCCAGGAAAUGCAGCAGAAGGUGCCGGAGCAUGAGCUACCGACGGCAGAAUCGGCGGAGAGAGCGAAACUUGAGGAGGGCCUGGGAGACAGGCUGAGGGCGCUGAGAAAUUGA